AUGAAGUUCUUGAUAAUUGCCUUCCUUUUGGGAGCUGCAGGUAAGUGUCACACGGUUAUAUAUUGUAAUGGUAAUGGUAGAAUACAAUACAUACCAUGUACAGAUAAUGCACUCACAAUACAAAAAUAAAUGCAGAGAGUAAAUCAAGACAUGGUAAAUAUAUUUAUCGCACAUAAUGACAAGUUUAAAAUACUUGAACAAAACUCUCUUAUCAUAUGUAACAGUUUUAGGGAUAAUGGUUUAAUCUUUUAUUUUUCAAAAUAUUCCAUGUAGCUCUUAAAUCCAGUCCACUGUAAGGUCUUUAAACCAUUCCAUGCCCCCCUAACCAUAGAGGGACUGUAUGUGAGCAGAGCAGUACCUAGGACAACUAUGCGGAAAAUGGUUGCCCCUACUGAUGCUCCCACCACCUCUCUGCAACUGCCUCCUCUGGGAAGUGCCAUGCUCUAUUAAUGAUUCUUCUGCAUUAUCCUCUACAGAAACCUUGUUAUGACUUUUACUUCCACCAGAUAGUCAAGUUUGAUCAUCUUCUAAGUGCCAACCCUAGCUGGGCUGGUCCGAGGACCUCACUAAACCAUGUAAAACUAAACCAUAGUUUACUGAUGUAUUUGCUUCACAGCUGCAUUUGAGAAUGAUGAUGAUAAGAUUGUAGGAGGUUACACCUGCAAAAAGAACUCUGUCCCAUAUCAGGCUUCCUUAAAUUCUGGAUACCAUUUCUGCGGCGGCUCCUUGAUUAGCAAUCAAUGGGUGGUUUCUGCUGCACAUUGCUACAAAUCGUAAGUAAACCAUGUAUUGUGGAUAUUCCACCAGUGGAUAUAAUAUGUAAAUCACAUUUUGUAAAUAUCUUAUAGCUAUGGACACAAAUUGUAAGUAAAAAGCGAUUUACAAAUAUUUAUAGCAAUACAUAUAAAUCAGAAGUAAAACAUGUUACUAAAAUUCAAUAGCAUACAAAUCAUAUGUACAAAAUAUUACAGAGGCUCAUAGCAGUGAAUACAGACCGUUUCUUAAGUACAUUUCAGAUAUUCUAUAACAGUCAAUGCAAACUGUAAGUAAAAUGUGUGUUACAAAUAUGUAUAGAAGUAAAUACAAAUCAGAAAUAAAACCUGUUACAGAUAUUAUUUUUUCAAAAUCCAUGCUAAUAUCCUUCAUUCACAAUUUUUAUUGUGCAACUAAUUUAACACCCACAGUUCCCUUCUUCUGUCCUUGAUAUAAUAUCACUUAUUUUACACACCAUAUCAGACCCUUUCUACCAAUCUCUAUGUUAGUUCCCAUAUAUAUUUUAUUUACAGUAGGUAUACACUAUUAUUAGAUACACCUUCUAGUAUUGCAUAGCCUCCUUUUCCUUUGUCCAGAGACCAACCUGAAUUCUUGUGGCCACACUGAACUGUACAAUUGUUUUAUUCAAUGAGUUGCUUUCACUAACCUGAGUGUACUGCAUAUCUACAAACAUGUUAGUCUGUGUCUAGCUUAAAGGGACACAAUUGGCACCCAAACCUAUUCAUCUCAAUGAAGUGGUCUGAGUGCCAUGUCCUUGUCUGUUUAAUACUGCAACUGAAAACAUUGACAUUCUCUCUGCCAGCCGCUAGAGGCGCUUUCACAUGAAUAGCUGAGUUAAUGUCAUAAAUUCAAUUAGAUAGUCUAAUAGAGACCAACUGAUUCACACAGUACAGUAUUUUCCCCCUAUGGGGAAGCAUUGGACUGGCUGAGAUCAUCUACACUUACAAACUCAGCGAAAGAGGUGGAGCAUGAUUGUGGAAACCGGCACGGUGAGGGCUGAAAUGUAAGUAAUAAUCACCUUUCAGACUCUCACAUGGGGGACACCUAAAUGAGUGUCAUCAGGACACUAUAGUCUUAGUAAUAUAUGUUUUCAUUCUUAAUGCUAAGCGUUCCUUUAAUAUUAGAUAUUAAAAACACAGGUCAAAUGGUCUUGCUUCUAGGUCUCCUGACACAUCAUAAAUCUCGUAAACCUCAACCUUUUAUAAUAAACAUUAGACUGAAUUGUCAAAUAUGCGCUUUUCAAAGAAUCAGAAUAUGGUAUAUGCUGUGCAAUAUACCUAUAAACAGUGACUUAUUUUAUGUUUUUACCAAGAUUAAAUUAACAGCAGUUGAAUAAAUUAAUUUUUUUUAAAAACCAACAAAGGAAAAAAUGUUUUUUUUAUGAAAGCAAUAGGACAAGUCAUUGACUUAAUCAAAGAAUGGUCAAUUGAGAUCCCAUUAAAUAUACACAGUAAAUAAUUUCUUUGUCAACCAAUCAAUAUAUAUAUAUUUUUAAAUAGGAGCAUCCAGGUCAGACUGGGAGAGCAUAACAUUGCUGUGAGCGAGGGCACUGAGCAGUUCAUCAACUCUGCAAAGGUUAUCAAACACGCAAGUUACAACUCCAGAACCCUGGACAAUGACAUCAUGUUGAUUAAGCUGUCUUCUUCUGCCACCCUCAACUCCUAUGUGAAGGCUGUGGCCCUGCCUUCUGGUUGUGCAGCUGCCGGCACUACCUGUCUGAUCUCCGGUUGGGGAAACACACUCAGCAGUGGCAGUAAGUCAGUAGAAAAAUUGUACUUUGAGAUCCCACAAUUACGUAAUAAUUAAAUAGUCUAGUAUCCCCUCUUCCAAUAUAGGAACUACCAGUCCCUCUCUUGAAAUGUAACUCAUUGUUUUGACUUGUCUCUUGUCUGUUUUUACAGCAAAUUAUCCAGAUCUCCUUCAGUGUCUGGACGCUCCCAUUUUAACCGACAGUCAAUGUACUAACUCAUACCCAGGAGAGAUCACAAAAAAUAUGUUCUGUGCUGGAUUUUUGGCUGGUGGGAAAGAUUCUUGUCAGGUAACUUACUAGAUGGUGUUGAAAGUUAUUUUGAAGCAAAAAUAUAUAUCAUGAAGCAAAAGGUUAUUAAUUACCAAGGUUUUAUUAGCACAUCCAUUGUAAUUAGAUGUACUUGUAUACUCAAGCAGGAUUUCUGUUAAUAGAUAGAUAGAUAGAUAGACAGACAGACAGAUAGAUAGAUAGAUAGAUAGAUGGAUAUAUAGAUAUAAAGUGAUAGUGAUAAAUAGAUCAUGUUUGCUAUAAUAAUAAUAAUAUAAUAAUACUAUAGAUAAUAUAUACUAUAUAAUUAGAAUAAUACUUAUUAUUAUUAUUAUUAUUAUUAUUAUUAGAUAUGUGCAUUGGCAUACAAACUGGUUUCAGAUUAAUUACUUCUGCCAAAAAUAAAACAAAUUUGGGGGAUAUAUAGUGUUUUGGCUCUGCCAAAUUCUGUUAAUGAAGAAGGAUUUGGAACAAUGAAUAAGAUGAAACCAAAAGGAAUGAAAAUGGGCCAAUAAAUGUAUUGCAAAAUAUAUACAUAAUUGAAAUAAUAUUAUGCAUAUAUUUUAUGUUAAACUGAUAACAUCAUUAUCCUGCCACUUGGUUCACAGAUCAAGUGAAAAAAGUUACCAAUAGGGGGAAAAAUAGAAGAAGCUGAAUUUUUUUUUUUAUCUGUAUUUAUAUAUUUAUAUAAAAGCCAAAGAAAAGAGUUGCUUGCACACUAUCCCAAAUCCCUAUGCACAUUUAUAUAACUGGAGGUUUCUUGUCAGGUAACUUACUAGAUAGUGUUGAAAUUUAUUUUGAAGCAAAAAUAUAUUAUAUCUUGAAGCAAAAAGUUAAUAUUUAGAGUUUAUUCGCACAGCCAUUGUAAUUAGAUGUACUUGUAUACCUAAACAAGGUUUCUGUUAGAUAAAUAGAUUAAAUAGAUAAUGUUUGCUAUAAUAAUAGUUAUUAUUAUUAGACCUCUGCAUUGGCAUAUAAAUUAUUUUUGGACAAAUCACUUUUUCCAAAAAUAAAAAAUGUGUGGGGACAGACAAAUUUUGGAUAUAUACUGUUUUGGUUUGGCCGAAUUUUGUUAAUAAAGAAUAAUUAAAAAAAACUUAAAUAAGACGAAACCAAAAGGCAUGAAAAUAGGCCAAUCAGUGUACUGCAAAAUAUAUGCAUAAUAUAAGUAAUAUUAUGCAUAUAUUUUGUAGUACAAUUAUAGGAGCACUUUUUUGCGAUUUGGUUCAUAGAUCAAGUGAAAAAACUAACCCAUAGGGGGAAAAAUAGAAGAAGCAAAAAAAAAAUCUUUAUUUAUUAGUUGUAUAAUUAUUAUUAUUUUUGCAUUUGUUUCCCUUGAUUGGUAAUUGUACACCUGAUCUGUGAAUAAAAUCAGCAUUUACAGAUGUCACAUUUAAGUUGGUUUUGUAAGCGAGAAUUCAACAUUAAUGGAAAGUGACAUUCAAAUUUAAGGUCAAAAGAGCUGAACUAGAAGGAUUCUUUAAGUCUACUAUUCUUUCAGGUCAACUUAUCGGGCCUUUGAAUUCACUUUGAAUUCUCACUUUAUUACGUAACCCUUUUAGUGCAUGUUCUGUAGCAAUCAAUCAUCUUUUUUUCCCAUCAAUCAUCUCUUUUUUUGGAGCCAUGGGUCGUGGAGUCAUGAGUCAAUACAAACAUGCACGACCAUUGCAUUGUUCGGCAAUUUGACCAGUCACCCGAUUGGCCCAAAUUCGGAUAAAUUGCAGUUCACCAAACAAAUAAAUUUUCAAGACUAAUUAUUUGUAUUAUUUAUUUAUAUUAUUAUUAUUAUUAUUAUUAUUAUUAUUAUUAUUAUUUCAUUUUGUUAUUCAUAAGAAGACAAUAUAUUUUGCAUAGCUGUGUAAUGGAUUAUGACCUUAUUUUUGGUUAACUGCUAACAAGUCAUUUAGGUAAUAAUAACACACCACAAAAUACAUUUAAAACAUAUAAACAAAAACAUAAUUCAUGUAAAAAAUGUUAUUAUAAAUAUUAUAAUUAUGUUUAAAUAGUAAAAUUCUGUAAUUCCUUUAGGGUGACUCUGGUGGCCCCGUGGUCUGUAAUGGUCAGCUCCAGGGUGUGGUCUCCUGGGGAUAUGGCUGCGCUCAGAGGAAUUAUCCUGGAGUCUACACCAAGGUCUGCAACUUCAAUUCUUGGAUCAAGAACACCAUGGCAUCUUAUUAG